AUGCCCCCAAAAGUUCCAUCCAACGCCACCUUCAAAAAUAAGGAAAAGCCUCAAGAGGUCCGUAAGGCAAACAUUAUCGCAGCUAGAGCAGUCUCAGACGCCAUUCGUACCUCGUUAGGACCCAAAGGUAUGGAUAAGAUGAUCAAGACUGCUCGUGGAGAGAUCAUCAUCUCCAAUGACGGACACACUAUUUUGAAACAGAUGGCGAUCUUACAUCCCGUCGCUAAGAUGCUGGUGGAGGUCUCUGCCGCACAAGACGCUGAAGCAGGUGAUGGGACCACUUCUGUGGUCAUUUUAACAGGUGCCCUCUUGGGUGCUGCUGAUAGACUGUUGAAUAUGGGGAUCCAUCCUACCAUUAUCGCUGAAUCGUUCCAGAGAGCCGCUAAGAGGUCCGUAGAUAUCUUGUUGGAAAUGUCCCACAGAAUAUCUUUGAAUGAUAGAGAAGACUUGAUUAGAGCCGCCACUACAUCUUUGAGUUCUAAGAUUGUUUCACAAUAUUCACAAUUUUUGGCACCAUUGGCUGUGGAAUCAGUCUUAAGAAUCGCCAAUGAGGACUCUACUAAUGUGGAUUUGAAUGAUAUUAGAUUAAUUAAGAAGGUCGGUGGGACCAUCGAUGACACUGAAAUGAUUGAUGGUGUAGUGUUGACACAAACUGCUGUGAAGACUGCAGGUGGUCCAACUAGAAAGGAAAAGGCUAAGAUUGCAUUGAUACAAUUCCAAAUUUCACCUCCAAAACCAGAUACAGAAAAUAACAUUGUUGUUAGUGAUUAUAGACAAAUGGAUAGAAUUUUGAAAGAAGAAAGAGCAUACCUUUUAAACAUUUGUAAAAAGAUUAAGAAGGCUAAGUGUAACGUUUUAUUGAUUCAAAAAUCUAUAUUAAGAGACGCCGUUAAUGAUUUAGCACUACAUUUCCUAUCGAAACUAAAUAUUAUGGUGGUGAAGGAUAUUGAAAGAGAGGAGAUUGAAUUCUUAUCCAAGAGUUUAGGUUGUAAACCAAUCGCAGAUCUAGAAUUAUUCACUGAAGAUAGAUUAGGUUCUGCUGAUUUAGUAGAAGAAAUUGAUAGUGAUGGUUCUAAAAUUGUAAAAUUGACAGGUAUAAAGAGUAAUAAUGCUAAACCAACCGUUUCGGUCAUUAUUCGUGGUGCUAAUAAUAUGAUUCUUGAUGAAACUGACCGUUCUCUACAUGAUGCUCUAUGUGUCAUUCGUUGUUUAGUUAAAGAAAGAGGUUUAAUUGCAGGUGGUGGUGCGCCAGAAAUUGAAGUGGCUCGUAGAUUGACCAAAGAAGCGCGUGCAAUGGAAGGUGUAGAAUCAUUCGUCUGGCAAGAAUUCGCUAACGCCUUGGAGGUUAUCCCAACCACUUUGGCCGAAAAUGCUGGUUUAAAUAGUAUCAAAGUAGUGACCGAGUUACGUUCUCGCCAUGAGAGUGGAGAAUUGAACGAUGGUAUCUCUGUGAGAAGAUCAGGUACAACAAAUACAUUCGAUGAGCAUAUCCUACAACCAGUAUUAGUGAGUACUAGUGCAAUCACUUUGGCAUCCGAAUGUGUCAAAUCCAUUUUACGUAUUGAUGAUAUCACUUUCAGUCGUUAA